CUGGGAUUUAUCUGCCUCAAGAUUCCUGAUCGGAUGAACUAAGGGAGGAUGUAUGGACUAAACCAGCGCUGUAUUUACAUAUCGUUUCAUUUUUUCGUGCUGUGGUGCCAUGCUCAGGGGGAGAAUCACCCGUCUCCUAAUUUUAAGCAGUAUGUGAGGACGCAGGGCGCAGUGACGGACCAGCUGAGCCGCAGACAGGUCCGGGUCUACCAGCUGUACAGCAGAACCAGCGGGAAACACGUCCAGAUCCACGGCAAGAGGGUCACAGCCACAGCCGAGGAUGGAAAUGUGUACGCUCGUCUUUUUGUGGAGACGGACACGUUUGGCAGUCGAGUGAGGAUAAGAGGUGCAGAGAGCGGGCAAUACCUCUGCAUGAACAGAAAGGGGAAACUGGUCGGAAAGCCCAACGGCCGGAGCAGGGACUGCAUCUUCACAGAGAAAGUCCUGGAAAACAAUUACACCGCCUUCCAGAAUGCCAAGUAUGAGGGCUGGUAUGUGGCAUUCACCAGGAAAGGGCGGCCCAUCAAAGCCUCCAGGACGAGGGAGAACCAGAGAGAGGUCCACUUCAUCAAGAGGCUGCACACAGGCCCACCACCCUUCCCCAACACGGACCAAAGCAAACACUUUGAGUUCAUCCGAUUUCCGUCCACACGUCGAGCAAAGCGGAACAGGAAAUCACGCACCUCUUCCUAACACGCAGAGACAGCAAAGGACUGAUGACAGAACUGUGACAUAUGGAAGAAACAGAUGCAGUUUUAUUUUUGUAUAUUUUUGAUAGGUAUAAUAUGGUUAAAAAGCCAUAAAUCUAAAGUAAUAUUGCUGUAAAAUGAUCAUGUGUAAAUACUGAGAGUAAAGAAGAUGGGUUAUAUUUA